AUGCUACUUCAGACAAUUAUUCAGUUAUUCUCAAAAUUUUUUAAACUGUUUACAGCUGAUGAUGAGAAUCCAUUGCCACGUUCGCUACGUAAAGAAUUACAGAAGAAACGAGCGAAAAAGAGGAUUCUGUUAUCGUCUGACGAUGAGGACGACCUGCCACCAUCAGCUUCUCAGGGCCGUCCUCCUAAAAGAGGGGAAAAAAUUUCUUUGAAAAAAGCGGAUGGCAAAUCGACGGAGAGUUUGUUGAAACGAACAACGGAUACUACUACUGAUGAAGAACUCGAUGAAAGGGAAGACAUGGAUGAAUUCGUUCCAGCACCGCCAACAAAAAAGAAACGUUGCAGAACGCCACCAGGUCAUGAGAAGCUGAAUUUCAACCGCAUUGAUGCUAUCAAAAAGAAGGAUUCUCUGAAAAAACAAAGUGGGAACGCUACCAAGAAAACAAGUCCGCCGAAGAAAAGUGUUCAAGUAACGAUUUCACCACAAACCUCGCGAAGAAAAUCAAAGCAGGAAGCAGCUCUAGAAAGCAAAGGCGGAGGAGAAACGGUUGCCUUGAAUGGUGAAAACUGUAAAUCAUCUCAAGCACCAGUACAAGCAAUUAAAAUGAAAAAAACCCCCAAAACUGCUUCAUCUGCUUCAGUUAAAUCAGUAACAGCAAAGAAGGAUGUUACUAUCUUGGAGCAAGAAGAAGAUCAGAUGCAAGGAACGAAAAAGCGGAAGGAGGAACAUGAGACAAGGAAAAAAUUUGAAAUAAGGAAUGAAACAACCGAUAAAACAAAAACGAGUGGUAUUGCCAAAGAAAAAAAAGUGUCAAGGAGCCGGAUGGCUGAGCAAAAGUUGUCGAAAAUGAAGAAAACUGUAGAAUUGAAGACUUCGGAACUUGAUGAGUUAGCGGAGAUUGAAAGUCCUGCUCAGACGGAAGCAUACUUGCCAUGGGUUGAUAAAUACAAACCGACCAAUGUGAAACAUUUAGUUGGACAAAACGGGGAAAAAUCUCCAAUGAAUAAAUUGCUGGGUUGGCUCCGGAAUUGGGCAAACAAUCACUUAGGUGUAGGUGGCAAGCAGAAAAAAGCACGGCCUCCUCCUUGGUUAGCGCAAAGCGAUGGUACAACUUUCAAAGCAGUGAUGCUAAGCGGUCCACCUGGCGUUGGUAAAACCACGUGUGCUGUAAUGGCUUGUAAAGAACUUAAAUUGCGGUAUGUGGAGAAAAAUGCGUCAGAUGUGAGAAAUAAAAAAGCAUUAGAAGCACAAACAUCGGAAGUAAUCGGUUGUGAACAAAUAGACGAUUACUUUAAUGGUUCGGUCGCACAUAAAAUAAAUACAUCCAACGAGAUUACUCAUGUGCUGAUUAUGGAUGAAGUAGAUGGUAUGAGUGGAAAUGAUGACCGGGCAGGAAUUGCUGAAUUAAUACAAAUGAUCAAGCAAACACUGAUACCAAUAAUUUGUAUAUGUAAUGAUCGGCAAUCACAAAAGAUGCGUUCAUUGGUAAAUUACUGUUUUGAUGUGCGCUUCCAGAGACCACGUGUUGAGCAGAUCAGGGCCAGAUUGCUUACCAUCGCAUGCCAAGAACAUUUGAAAGUUGAUAAGGAAGAAAUGGAUGAAAUUAUUGAAGCUGCGCAACAUGAUGUUCGUCAAUCAAUUUAUAAUUUACAGUUGUUAAGCUCAAGUGGAAAUGGAAAGGAAGUGCAGAGUAAAGAUGCUGCUGUUAAUCCCUUCGAAGCAGCGCGUCGCCUUUUGAACACUGACACAAAAACAUGGGAGAAACAACAGAUGUUUUUUGUUGAUCCUUCAAUUAUGCCACUUUUUGUGCAAGAAAAUUAUCCAUUUGUGCACAACUCAAAGAUGAGUACUAUUGAACGGCUGUCUGCAUUGAGGAAGGCUGCGAACAGUAUCUCAGAGGGCGAUAUAAUCGAUCGAAUUAUUCGAACAACAGGUGCAUGGACACUGCUUAAUGAACAAGCGUUCUUUUCAUCUGUGGCACCAACUUUCUGCAUGAACGGUUAUAUGAAGGGAAUGAUUAAUUUUCCUUCAUGGUUGGGGAAAAAUUCGACGUUCAAUAAACGUCAGCGAUUGCUACGUCAGCUGACAACUCACACUUAUCUGAGAACAUUUGCUGCCGUUUACCCUAUGGUGCUUGAUUAUGUUCCUGUUCUGCGACAGAACUAUUGCCGCCCAUUAUUGGAUAAGGAGAACGAUGGUGUAAAUGACGUUAUCAGUCUGUACAAGGAAUACAAUUUGGUCAGAGAUGAUAUCGAAUCAGUUGCUGAAUUGGCUGUUUGGCCAGGCAUGAAGGAUCCAGGAGCUGCUAUUCCAACUAAGGUUAAAGCAGCUCUUACACGAACUUUGAAUAAGGAGCAUAUUAUUUUGCCAUAUGCUUUGCAUACUUUAGUAAAAGGACGGAAGAAAUUAGGAGGCUUAGAUUUGGGUGUCGAAGUAGACGAAGAAGGUAAUUUGGUUGAGCAGAUCGAUGAUGAAAAUGAUUUUGAAGAUUCCGGCGGAGAAAACGAUAAUGACGAUACUUUUACUGAUGUCAUAAAGAAAAAAACCAGUUCUGCUAGUGAAAGUAAAAGAACACGCGGUGGGAAAACUGGCGAUGGUGGCAGCCGUGGAGCACGUGCUAGCCGUGGAGCUUCCAGCAGAGGACGAGGUAAGAAGUAA